ACACACACACAUUUCUCUGUCAUGCAAGGAACAAACUGCACUGGUUAUUUAUGGAGAACCUCCUCGCUUUGUCGAGCGCUGGAGUUCAUAUGCAAGUUUUGGUCCCAUGCGUGCAGGUGCAAGGGUCUGUGUAGACUAGAGUGAGACUAGAGUGCUGCCUGGUAGUAGUGCCUAGCUAGCUAGCUCUGAAGAGUGAAGAAGCCAGACUUGUUUCCAAUCCAAGGUGAUCUUGGGACAUGACAAUGGCGGCCGGGAGAGAUCAGAGGGUGGAAGGGGUGAGGCAGUACAACAGGUCCAAGGUGCCCCGCCUGAGAUGGACGCCCGAUCUCCACCGCUGCUUCGUCCACGCCAUACACACUCUUGGAGGCCAGUACAGGGCUACACCUAAGAGGGUUUUGCAGCUGAUGGGGGUGGCAGGGCUCACCAUAUCUCAUGUCAAGAGCCAUCUACAGAUGUACAGGAACAUGAGGGGUAAUGAUCUUGACAUGAUGCAAGGCAUUCAGCAAAUGGAUCAGGAGCACACAUUCGCAGGAGGAAGCAUGGAAGUUUGGACAGAUAUGCAGCAAGUUCAUCAUCAUGGUGAGUACCGCGAUGGACCCUAUUGCCGGUGCCACUCUCCAAAGCAUACAAAGGGGUCACUGCUCCACCACCCCCAACUGAAAAGGCCAUCCGAGAUGGAGACCGCACACGAGGCAGGAGCGAGCCCCCAGGAAAACUUGGCCAGGGGCCAAGGAAUAUGCGAGAGGGACGUGACAUCGGGCGCGUACGGCCUCGCCGCUGCAGGCCAAGCAUACUACUACAACUCCCACUGCAUGCAGACGACGACGACGACGCACGAGCAGGGCCACCACCUGCCGCCGCGCUCCCGGACAUGGCAGCGCACACCUGCAGCAGGCGGUGGUGGCGAACAAUCCGCUCGCCCCGGCUGCACGCCCGCGCCGCGGGAGACGGAGCGGGACCUCGCCGCGCCGAGGCGUGGUGGUGGUGGUGACCUCGCGCCCUACUGCGAGGAGCGGGGCGGCGAGCUAGUCCACGGUCACCACGGUAUCGCGCCGGCGAGCCACAGAAGGCCGAGGGAGGCGGCGGCGGCGGAGCGGGCCGACGGCGGGCUGUCUCUGUCGUUGGCGCUGGAGCUGGACUCGGGGCGCCUCGGCGGGCGCAGCGUGGGGCAGUGCCGCGCCGACGUCAGCGAGCAGGGCAGCUUCCUGACGUCGUCGUCGGCGAGUCUCAGCGGCUCCUGCUCGGGGCGGUGCCGCGGCGGAGUUAGCCUGGACCUGUCCCUUUCGCUGUACAACUGACUCCGGCUAGCUAGCGAGGGAUCGAAAGUAUGUAUGCGGGUUUCCAAGAGAUGGCGUACGUAUUGGUGUACCGAUCCUCCUGUGUGUGUGUACAUUUGGACGUUUGGAGCUUCACUCCGAUGCAAAUUUCCUCGCGGGCGGGCCGCGGUCACCGCGCGCGUGCACGUCGCGCACCGGCACUAGUGGCGCGUGCUCUGCUCCCCUGGGCUGCGGCUCCCCGCUCCCGCCCCGCGCUGUGGGCACGCAACACGUGGAGCGCGAGUUCCACCAGCAUAGGGAUAGCAAUGGAAGAGAGGAGUGAAAAUUAUUUUUGCGGGUAAAGUGGGUAUUUAUUCCUCAAAAAUAGCGUUA